GGAUGGUGUAAGACAAUGGGCACAGAGAGUGAGAGGCAGUGCCAGUGGGUGAGCAAAGGAGGUUACAGGGAGGAACCUGAAUGCGAGCCAGUGUGUGGGAAGCCAAAGAACCCUCCUGAGCAGAUGCAGCGCAUCGUCGGGGGCCUGCUGGCCAGGAAGGGCAACUUCCCCUGGCAGGGCUGGCUGGUGACCCGCCACAACCUCAUCGCGGGGGCCACGCUUAUUAGUGACCAGUGGCUGCUGACCACGGGCAGGAACGUCUACCUGAACCACAGAGAGGAUGCCACACCGGAGGAGAUCGCUCCUACUCUGAAGCUCUUCUUGGGCAACAAGAACCAAGCAGCCUUGGACAUUGAGUGUGUGGUGCUCCAUCCUGCCUACCCUGACUCUGUGGAUCUGGCCCUGCUGAAGCUCAAGGAGAAGGUGCCCAUAGGAGAGGAGGUGAUGCCCAUCUGCCUGCCCCAGAAGAGCUACGUGCAGCCAGGGCGGGUGGGUUACGUCUCAGGAUGGGGCCGCGGUGCUUCCUUAGAGUUUUCCAGCAUGAUGAAGUAUGUGAUGCUGCCAGUGGCAGAGAGCAAGAGCUGCUGGCAGUACUAUGAGAAGCGGAAUGAGUCCCCCGGGGUGCAGCCCAUCCUCAGCAAUGACACUUUCUGUGUGGGCAUGAACGAGCUGCGGGAGGACACGUGCUACGGGGAUGCUGGCGGCGCCUUUGCCGUGCAGGACCCCGAGGAUGACACCUGGUACGCAGCCGGGAUCCUCAGCUACGACAAGACCUGCACAGCCUCCAAGUAUGGCGUGUAUGUGGAUGUGCAGCGUGUGCUGGACUGGAUCAAGGAGACAGUGGCAGAUGACUGAGGCGGGGCUGCAGGGGAAUAAAACUAUUCCAUGUA